GCAGGCUGGACGUGGCACACGGCAGCUGGCCACACUUCGGCGGGAGAAUGGAAGUGACGCUCCGCGUUCAGCUCGCCAGUCUCUGAAGAACUGUUUACAAACAGAACGAGCAGCACGUGGAGGUCUGACGUCACUCCUCCCAUCAUUCCACAAGAAAGACGGAAGGCGCGAAAGAAGACUGGUCACAAGAGAUUCCUCACCAGCAGCAGUACGGGGGCCAAUACGUGUAUCACCACCACCACCACCAUCACCAUCGGGCGGAACACGCGUACUACAUCCACAUGCCCUCGCGUGAGCAGUAUAAGGUGACAGUACACCCAGCGGUGACUCCAAGUAGCAAGAUGCCGCGAGCCUCCACUGUGCACAUAGCAACAUGGAAGCGGCCGCAACAUCUUUCGCAGAUCCUGGCGGCGCUUGCCGUGUCGCUGGGUCCCUUCGCCGCCGGGCUCGGUAAGGGCUACAGCUCACCGGCAGUGGACUCACUAAAGGAACAGCAGCAGCGGUUUCCGGCCGCCAUGUCCAACUCCUCGAGCGGGAUCUUCACAGUCAGCGAGCAGCAGGCUUCUUGGGUCGCCAGCCUGUCCCUCCUUGGCGCCUUCUUCGGCGGCAUGCUGGGAGGCCUGGCCAUGCGCUUCGGUCGCAAGAGGGUGCUGCUCAUAACUUCACUUCCCUUCUCUGCCUCCUGGCUCCUGACAGUGUUCGCCAGCAGUGUUGAGAUGAUGUUCGCUACGGCAUUCGUGGGCGGCUUUUGCUGCGCUAUCGUCCUCGUUGUCACACAGGUGUACAUCAGCGAAAUCUCGGUGCCAGACAUCCGGGGGUGCCUGAGCGCGGUACUCAAGAUAGUUGGGCAGAUUGGCAUGCUGAUCAGCUUCGCUGUGGGGGCAUACCUCGACUGGCGACAGUUGGCCAUGGUGGUGGCAAUCGCUCCCAUAAUGCUGUUCGCCACAGUACUGUACAUCCCGGAGACACCGAGCUACCUGGUGCUCGUGGGUCGAGACGAGGAGGCAGCACGGUCUCUACAGUGGCUCCGGGGUCCCGAGAUCGACGUCGGACAAGAGAUCGCCACAAUUCGCACCAACAUCAUCACGAGCAGACAGUACCACGAUGGGUGUCGUAGUACCUUCAAAGCCAUCACGUCACGCCUGCUGAGGCCUGUACUCACCACCUGCGGAUUAAUGUUCUUCCAGCGGUUCUCUGGAGCCACGGCCUUUAAUUUUUACGCGGUGUCAAUCUUUCGACAGACCGGCUGCAUGAAUCCGCACGGCGGAGCUGUAGCUGUAGGCUUUGUGCAGUUGUUGGCCUCCUGCGUCUCCGGACUUCUCAUAGAUAUCGUCGGCCGCUUACCGCUCUUGAUCGCGAGCAGCAUGUUCAUGUCUAUGGCUCUGGCAGGGUUCGGAUCGUUCGCGUAUUACGAAGACGUGCACAAGGAAAACCGGAACGGUUGCCUGAUCGCGGCGCAGCACGACUGGAUCCCACUACUCUGCGUCCUCAUCUUCACCGUGGCGUUUUCCUUAGGCAUCAGCCCCAUCUCGUGGCUGCUUAUCGGCGAGUUGUUUCCGCUAGAAUACCGCGGCCUGGGCAGCGCCUUGGCCACCUCCUUCAGUUACGUGUGCGCGUUCGUUGGCGUCAAGACCUUUGUAGACUUUCAGCAACUGCUUGGAUUGCACGGGGCGUACUGGUUGUACGCGGCCAUUUCUGUCGGGGGGCUGUGCUUCGUGGUAUGUUUCGUCCCUGAGACGAAGGGACGUGACCUGGACGAGAUGCAUCCGAAAUAUACGCAUGCGUAGUGCCGAAGCCACAGAACUAUCAUGAUGGAACGUGCAACUUUCAUCCCGGUGUAAACUCAAUCAACUUGGUGCCUUGGAUACAAUAUUGUGACAAUCCAAGUGAAUGGAGGGUAUGUUGUGGGGUUACAACGAAACUUGUGAGAGCCUACUGUAACGGCUAGGUAAGGGCCUAAGUCUGGUAUACAAUGGGCAGAAACUGGUGAUAGCCUACGUCCCACGCAACUUUCAGUUAAGUUUUUACACCUCCACUCAUUUACACGCCUUCAUGUUGUGCUCAAUUAAGCGAACGAACAACUGAACCAGUUAACAUACAUCGUACAUCUAGAGCCAUAAAUAAAAGGGUUAAAAAACAAUUCGAACGAAAUGAGCGAUUUUAAUUUAGGACAUUUCUAAGUGAAAUGGACCCAAAAUGUAAGAGUCUCAUAUGGUUAACUGUAUAUUAACAUUUCCUCAUACAUUUUGCAUAUAAUUCCGCAGAGGGAAAUGCCACCAAACUGCUUCUAAAAUAUGAGGUUGCGUCACCGGCAGAAGUCACUAGGUUUAUAUUUCCAACAGUCGAUGGGAGGCAGAACCUCCAGGCCAGAGCUUUCGCUGUGCACACAGCAUUCUUCUUCAGUAAGGUUGCCUGCUCAAGUUCAGUGGCAGCUCCAGUGCCACGAUCCUGCCUCCCAUCAUAUCAUGAAAAUAGAACCUGGUGAUUUUCUAAUUGUGACACAACGAUGUGCAACAUUGUUUGAUGAUGAUGUUUUACACAAAAAGUUUACUGAUAAAACAACUCUUUGAAUAUGAUCGUGAGGGUGACAACGUGGAUAUUGUCUCUCAGUUAUGAAGGUGCUUCUACUGCCUAUUGUAUGCCGGUCUUUAUUCGUGAAAACUUUCCAUCCACAUGAACUCCAAUGCAGUUAGUUAUCUGGUUAGUACUACAGCUAUCAGUUGUAUAUUUUACUUCUCUUGAACAGGAGCCCCCUUACUCUGAAAUAUUUAAUUUCAUUAUCAUGUUCCCACAUGCAGAGGCAGACGGUGAAUGCCUCGGACAAAAUGAAAUGCCCUCUUAAGCAACCAAUCAUUACGAUUGUAUAACAGUUCAUAUUUAUGUUAAGAUUCUUCUAAAUUUUAAUUGGAAUGAGAACGCCAUUGAUGUCGAAGUAUAAUAGUUUGUAGUCUUGAUGUCAUCUGGUAUCGAAACUCGAUACUUUUGUUUACCUCAAUAUAUCGAUAUUUUUAAACUUUUAUCGGGCAUGCCUGUUAAGAUACAUACAUCUUUCAUUUGUGGUUCCCUGUGGCUGACCUACAGGACACUGCAACCACCCCCUUGCGUAUUUUUGGCGUCACGUUCAUUAAGUUCUAGAUUACAGACGUUUCGUCAGUAAUGCUAAUAAACAGAAAAAAAUGUCUUAAAAUUCUUCACAUCAAAAGUCGUGUAAUAAAUUUCAUACUAAUUAUAUUCUGAUCCAAUGUGAAAUUAAUGUGUUCCUUCUUUCCGUGGCCUUCCGGGAAUGUCACUCAACUUAUGCGAUUUUCUGAAACACCCUGUAUAGGAAAAACUUUAAGUCCAAUUCAUUUAAGGUGGGCAUGCCUGAGCAUUUGUUCACGCCUGACUAACUAAUAAGAACUGAAUAAAACAAUGUCAAUAUCGAAUUUUGUACCGCCUGACAUCCCUAAUUUGUAGCGCUAACAUAAGUCUGCAUAGUUAAGUAAGAGUAAGGACCUGCUGGCCGCAGCCUGUCUGCGAGUGUACAGUCUGUACUCUGGUCCGCUGCCUGAACAAUGAACCGCGGCGUUAAAUGGAGACAAAAGUUCAUCGUAGAAUCGAUUGCAAUUUUUAUUUAACGGACUGAAAAGAACCAUCAGACUUUCCAAUGUAUAGACUUUUCAGUCGUGUAAAUGGGAAACUUCGUGAACAAUUAUAUGACACACAAUGAUACAGGAUGAUUUAACACAAGCUGAAAAGCUCUAAAUUCACUGCCGAAUUUCUCACGCGCUACACGUUCUCCUACUGGAUGUUACAAAAAGAUAGUUCCUAUUUUGAACACACACAAAAAUUAUCGGGCUUGUAACACACGCAGACUAUUCAGAGAGCCUUCAAUAUCUACUGCAACAAAUCCAAACAGAAUGUUCACUAUCUUACUCUGUGGUUCUUUUUACACAAGAAUUGACAUAUGUUCGGUACAUUCUGAAGCAAAAUAAGGGAUGGAGUAUGGUGAACGUGGAGGCUCACCUUAUUCCGGACCAAUUUACUGCUCUCUACGUUCCCGCGUGGCGUUUACAGUGAUGCACGACGAAAAUAUCACUUAAACUACAUUCAACAAACAUCGCCUCACUGACAGGUAGGCCUACAUAUGUCAAAGCAUGUCAACAAAAGAGCCCCCAAAAUCAGUUAGGCGAUGAUUUUUACAUUAAAAGUUGCAUUUCUUUUUACCGCCCUGUAUUUCAAAAUAUGUAUAGGAGUUCCGAACAGGCUGCAUUUAGAAACCAUGAGAGGUGACAUUCGAGUAUCAGAUUAAAUUAAAAACCACACAUCCAAACUCUUUAACGCAUCUCAACGACAAAGCCGAGAUAAUUUUCAAACGCUCUGUAUUUUAAUACAUGCGUAGUAGAUUAGAUUUAUAGAUGGUGAAACUGAAGUUCACAGUGAACAAAUGCAAUUAUAUUAACAAGAAUUAUGUCAUUUUAAGCAAAAACAUAAAACAAAUAUUGCUCGCCCUGUAUUCUAAAACACUUUUCGAGCGAAUUAUAUAUAUAUAUAUAUCAGCAUAGUGAAAACUGAGUUCUAUAGGAAGCAACAAAACUCUACAAUACAAAUCCAAACUAUAUAUGUAGAAAAUUCGAAAUUUUAAACACAAGAGGAUCCACUGUAAGCAAUUUCGCAGUGGAUAGAGGUCAGGAUUUCGGGAGGGUUCUGGAGCCAAGAACACCCCAAAAUUGCGAUGGCCGUCACGAACUACGGAGCGACAACAGGAACGCUGCAGAUGGCGAUCAAAAUGACCGAGAACAGAGCAGUGCCUUCCCGGAAGUAAGGGGCAGACUUCAUAAUACAGUUCCUUGGCUUAUUCGCCUGGGGCCUCUGAUGGUGUUUGUACUGUGCCAGAGAGAGUCUGGCAUGUGCGUUCCACUUCAAGUGACAAACGUUCUUCACGUAACGGAGGUUUCGUUACAUUCGGUUAAUGAAGGACCUAAAAAGGCUUCUUAAUUCAGUCCUGGGUUCUCGUAAGGGCGCCGUCUCCUCCGUCGCGGAGGAGUGAUUAGUACUCCGGCACCAUAUUCAGAGAACCCCAGGUUCAAAUACCUACUGGGGACCACCUACUCUGAUUGACAUUUUCGUUGCUUUCCUCAGCCCCUACAGCCAAAUGCAGGGACAUUACUUCAAAUUAUGCCACGACCGUUUCCCUCCACGUCCUUCACAAUUAUCAGUCAUCCUGAUAUUCGACGCUGUACAGCCUGGGCUAGCGAUAGCGUUGCUAAAUAAACCAAAAGCAGAAAAAUAAGCAGCCAUGUCAGUUGCUCUGGUUAGACGUAUAGUAAGAAAGUCACGUGUUUAGUUCUGAUGAUCGCAAAACACCGGGAAGAACAGCGCGUGACAUCAGAGGAGAACCGGUAACACGAUGGAAAUUCGAGGGGAGGGGGCGAUUGGGUCAGAAUACAAAGACAGAAAUUCGCCUCCAUUUGCUACACAAGCUAAGAGUGCGCAAAGCUCUACCUCCACUCCCCUCUACGCCUUCCGUUUUGAUAAUCUGCGAGUCCGACUGUGGUUUUCCUGUAUACGGAGGAACACAGCCCAUCAAUUGGACGGGCCCCUUAGUCGGUCUGAAUGUGGGGAUUUAGAGAGAACCCUAUACAUUUUUUAGGCUUAUGAGAACGUACAUGCAGUGUAAUGUUGCACUGAAUAUAACUUUUGUCUCCAUGCAGAUCUGUUCCCGAUACUCAUGUGUUUGUGUAACGACAAUACCACGGGCUCACAGCUCGAUCUAUUUCCGCUGACAAUAAUAAUAAUAGUUAUAUUCUGGAACAAGCGGUGGCAGCACCAGUCACAUACAACAAUGAGCUGACAGUUAACGCUAGAAGCAUAAGUUUCAUCUCGUAGCAUCAAUGAUAAUACAUAGAAAUCAUCGUGAUCAUCACGGUGAUACAAAUAAGCCCAGUUCUUGCACAAAUUCUAAUAGAUUUAUUGUACAAAGUAGUUAAUAUAUUACAUGAGAAGAAAUGGUAAUUUUAAAUCCGUUAGGAAUAUUAUUCAAUAUAUGAAGUAGGACAACAAUAGUAACUGCGUAUUUUAAUUAUCUGCAUAAAAUGGAAAACUUCCAUCUUCAUCCAUUAUAAAUAUAUUUUAUGCCAGUUUAGAAGACAAUAAAUAAUAAUAAUAUUAUAUGACAACUUUAACAGUACAUAGAAAUGUUUAGCUUGGUUUUUGGAUCUUUUGUUCUUACUGUCAAGAACACUGGAGUAGAGGAUUCAAAGACAUCAGGAAAUGAGACAGGGAAAAGAAAUCAACAUUUCAGAGUUUAAUGAAAGAGUAAAAGGAAUCACUGAACGCGCCUGGAAGGUACAAAAGGAUGCUAUUUUGAAUGUCAGUAAACUCUUAAACAACUUCUCAUUUUCGAUUUAGUCAGCAGAGUUAUGGGCCAUCGUAGUAGUUACGAGAGGACCCAGAAGAAGGAAGGAAUAAACAGCAGAGUGAGGUACCUAUGCUCAGUCGGUACUGCAGUCUCGACCCUCAAAGGAAAGAAAGUUGCAUAGCAUGCACAUUCAGUGAAACUAUAUGUUCAAAGUGUCCCUGAAGGGCCAUGAUGUAUAACAGUAUAUCAAUGUUAUCUGUGUAAAUCCUAGCCAGAGAUGGCAACCGUCAUAUUUUCUUGUUGAAUUUUCAAAGGACAUUUUACUAAAGCUUGUCUAAAACACUUUCCACGGCACGCCGUACAUUGAGUAACAACCUUACGGAAGAAAGGUCCCUCUGUGUUCAGUGAGAUCCCCCGUGUGGCGACUCAUGCUUCCAGCGUACGUUGAAAAUAGAAGCUAGCAAUUUUCUAAUGAUGACGUAACAGUCUAAACGACUUAGUCACUGACGGUGGUGACUCCGCCUCAAAGAUGCUUUAGACACAUGUUAGAAGCCUAUCGUGCAUUAAUAUAAUUCUCAUGCGCUACUAAUUCAACAGUAAUAAAGGAUUUCCCUGACUUCAUAGGCUUCCAAAUCUGCUGCAUCGAAUUUCACAUCAGCUACACCUCUACUGACCACCUCUGUGGUCUAGUGGUCAGCGUUCCUGGCUACAGAUCCAGAGGUCCGGGUUCGAUU